AUGGCGGUAGCAAAUCCCUUGAAGAGCUUACGGCAAAACGUCGUUGAUUGGUCGAUCGAAGAGCAUCUAUGGGCAUUCAUCCAUCAACUUGAUCUCUUGAUCAGGAAUUGGAAGGGCGAUUAUCCGAAUCUCCGGGAAAUCUUUCAGCCCGAAGAAAUCGAUCUUCUCCUCUCGGCAGCCUUGAUGUUCGUCGAGGGCUUGGCGCGCUCGAGGAAAAACAAAGGAGCAGCCAUCAUCAGGUUUGUAGCUGCAAGCGGCUACAGAGACGAGCCCGAGGUCGACGAGAGCGGCGGCAGGCUGGUGCUGCAUCGCACCACACCGGUGCAUCGCGCCAUCAAACGAGAUCGUUACAUAAUCGAGCGAUUGUUCGACAUUUACAACGAGAAUUACAUCGACGUCGAGUCUGGAUUGUCGCAGUUCCAUGUGGCCUGCAGGCGUGGCUUAGAAAAAAUCGUCGAGUUAUUCCUGGAGCUCGGCCAGGCCGAUCCCAAUGUCCUCGCGGAAAAGACGCUCGACUCACCGCUGCACUUGGCCGCGGCCGGUGCCUGCAUCGGCGUCAUGCGGAUGCUGCCGAGGAGAGGCGCAGAUCCCGGCUUGGCCAACGUGGAUGGAUCGACUCCCAUGCACGUGAUCUGCCGCAAAGGCGACUGCGACGGUCAGGCCGAGAUUUUGCUCGAGCUCUGUAGGGAUGAGUAUCUGCCACUGCCGCUCGACGCCCGGACGAGCUCGGGCGAAGCGGCGCUGCACGAGGCUCUGACCAGAGGUCACUGGAGGAUGGCCGAGUUUCUGCUGAAAAACGGGGCAGAUCCCAAUCUGGCCAAUGGAGCGGGAGAGACGGGCUUGCAUAUCGUUUGCAGGAGGGAGCGCGGUUCUCGUUGCUUGGCUAGCAAGUUGUUCGAGGCCUGCAAAGACGUCGGACGGACGCUGGAUGUCAACGCCGAGGACUCGAAGGGAUGGACACCGCUCAACUUGGCUCUGUUUCACGGUAAAAGGAAGAUGGUGGAAUUGCUGCUGAAAGAGGGGGCCGAUCCGCGUCGAACGAAUUCAGAGGCAACGACGAGUCUUCACGUUAUUGCCUCGGCGGUAGCCCACGACUUUUUGGCCGACCAAUUUUUCCAGAUCCUGUCAGAGUCACAUCGGCCGUUGCGAGUCGAUGCACAGGAUAAAUUAGGUAACACACCGUUGCAUGUGGCACUGGCCAACAACAACAGAAGGGCGGCUGAAGCAUUGCUUAGAAGACAGGCCGACCCUAAUCUGGGCAACGAUGAGCGAUAUACCGCUCUGCACGUCAUAUGCAAGAGAGACAAGGACGACGGCUUGCUCAGGCAAUUUUUCAAGAUGAUCGAUGCCGUCCAGACGACAGUGGAGGUCGAUGCCCGAGACAAGGAGGGCAAUACGCCGCUGCACUUGGCUGCCGCCGGUGGCUCUUUGAUAUUGGUCAAAGACGUCGACGGCGGCUUGGCGGCGCAAUUCUUCGAGGUUGCCCUCGAUAUGGAUCUGGAGGUGCGGAUCGACGACCAGGACAAUAGGGGCAACACUCCACUGCAUUUGGCCCUGGCUGCUGGCUGCUGCAACCGGUAUAUGGUACAAUUGUUGCUGAGAAAUCAAGCCGACCCGAAUCUGCCCAACGAGGAGGGCCAGACGCCUCUUCAUUUGCUUUGCAGCAGGGACGAUCUCAAGGAAAACACGGCGUUUAAAUUUUUCUAG